AUGUAUAUAACACUUGUUUGUGCACAACAGGGUGAGGCAGAUGUUACACAUCAUUUCGAAGUAAGAAGCCAACUGAUUGGUAUUAAUUACAUCUUUAAUCAUAAUCAUGAGUGCCAUGAAAGUUCAUUACAGCACCAGUCAGUCUCACAGGUUGUAUCGGCUUCCAUACCUCUCGAGUCUCCAGUACGAGUGCCAUCGUCGGGCCGCGUUUGCACUGUUCCUGCUCCUGCUGAAUACACGAUCUGCGGCUCCUACGUCGGGCCUCUGAUGCCGAAAAGGCCUUACUCCUACUGCCCAAGAUACAAAACGCACAUAUAUAUACUGUUCCUUCUGCGUCGGCGUCUCCCUCCACCCCUACGAGCUUUGAGGAAGAGGGUGUUUGCUCGGAGGUUUCAAGAACGGGAGGAGUUCAAGAAGGAGAUGUGCCGGAAGAUGAACACCAGUGGGAAAAUACUGACAAAUUACUUCAUGUAUUACAACAAGGAAUACAAGCUGCUUUUGUGCGCUCCUCCUAAGACAGGCUGCAGUUCGUUGAAACGCCAUCUGUUACGUUUAGUGGGAUUUCCUGAAAACAUUAAUGUCCACUCAGACCAGGCAAGAAGAGCUAUAGCAGUAAGACAGGUCCUGGGAGAUGACUUACAAGAAGUACUGCAGUCUACGUUCCCGUCUACGCGUGCUAUGGUGGCCAGGGAUCCACUGGACCGAAUCGUGUCUGGCUACAAAGACAAGUUCAGAAACGGGGAUCAAGUCACUGGCAUGUGGGCGAACUACAUGACGAGGUACAGGAUGCGCCGUGGAUUCAACACGAGCAACAUGACAAUAACCUUCGAUCAAUAUCUGGAGAUGAUUGCCAACAUAAUGGAAACCUAUGGGAGAAACAGCAUCGACCGGCACUUUCGCGCAACCAGCCUCCUGUGUUCCCCCUGCAGCGUGGACUAUGAAUACAUACUCCACACAGACACUCUCACGCAAGAUCUUCAGUACAUCGUAGAACAACUCAAUAUCACAGACAUCGAUCUUGGUCUACGUUUGGACAAUAGAACACGAACAUCUUCGUAUGAAAAUUAUUACAGAACUAUUCCUGAUAGUCUAAUGAGAAGGAUAUACGCACUCUACAAGGAUGAUUUUCUUAUCAGUAACUUUACACUGCCUCCCUUCUUGAGAGAUGCAAUCCAAGGUGACAGGGAGUAGAUGUUGUGGGGCCAUUGUGUACAAGAAUACUUGUGUGGAAUUCAUGAUGAACAGAUUGCAACAGGAACAACGAAGGGAAGGACAAGGGCAUAUUCGUGUGUUUUCUUGUCCUUCCCUUCGUUGUUCCUGUUACAAGAAUACGGAUAAGUAAAUUGCUAUGCACAUAAAUUAUGAUUUACCUUUGAUUCUAGUCGUAUUGUAGAUGCAAAAAAAAAUCAUAACUUUUAGAUCCCAAUAUGAUACAACAGGAGUUAUUUCAUCAUACACUUCAUAUUAUAUCUGGAAAUUUAUGGAUAAAUUAUUACUCCAAGAGUAUUUCCCAAUUACAAGCCUCCGCACCGUAACGGGGAACAAUGGACAGUUAUGUGAUAGUCACAGCUUAUAUAUGUACCUUUACAUGUAUCUUGCUCAUUAUAACAAAAUACACAUUUGGCAUAUUUGAUAUUCUAUUAAUAAAACUGUA